CAAAUUUCUUCAGUUGAAUGGAGGGGAACUUCGCGGUUGUAACAUCAAUUACAGCGAUUCGAACAAAGGGUUUGGUUUAUUUUCAUCUGAUGGUGCCACUGAUGGGGUUUUAUUGGUGGUUCCUCUUAAUUUGGCUAUAACUCCGAUGAGGGUUUUGCAAGAUCCUAUACUUGGACCUGUUUGCUCAGCGAUGUUUGAGGAAGGGGAAGUGGAUGACAGAUUCUUGAUAAUUUUGUUUCUUACUUUGGAGUCUUUGAGGAAGAAUUCUUCAUGGAAACCGUACCUUGAUGUACUUCCAACUACUUUUGGAAAUCCACUUUGGUUCUCUAACGAUGAGCUUUUGGAGCUAAGAGGAACCACGUUGUUUAAGGCAACGGAAUUGCAGAAGAAGAAUUUGCAGUCCUUGUACGAUGCCAAAGUGAAAAGGUUGGUGAAGAAGCUUUUGAUUCUUGAUGGUGACUUAGAAAGUGAAGUUUGUUUCAGUAACUUCCUUUGGGCUAAUUCAAUAUUUUGGACCCGUGCUUUGAGUAUACCACUUCCUCGCUCUUCUGUAUUUCCCCAAGUUCAAGAUGAGCAACAGAAUCAUGCAUCCAAUUCCAAGUUGGGUAAUGGUGAUGAUGGCAAAAAACAUGAGGUUGAAAGUCAAGUUGUUGGCGUCGAUUCUUCUUCCAUACAAGGAGAGACCGUUUGGGUUGAGGGUCUUGUCCCCGGCAUUGAUUUUUGCAACCAUGAUUUAAAGGCUGCAGCAACAUGGGAAGUUGAUGGAACAGGAUCAGCAACCAGUGUUCCUUUGUCCAUGUAUCUUCUUUCUGUCGAAGAAGCUCAUCAUCAGAUUGGGGAAGAGAUAUCCAUUAGCUACGGCAACAAAGGAAACGAGGAGCUUCUUUACCUAUAUGGAUUUGUCAUUGAUAAUAAUCCUAAUGAUUAUAUCAUGGUAAUCUUUUUCUGCUUACCAUUUUUUCAACUCCACUACUUGCAUUUUGUUGUCAUUAAAGCGAAUGCCUUUUCACAGGUUCACUAUCCAGCCGAAGCUAUCAAGGAUGUACCAUUUUCUGAAACCAAACUACAACUUCUUGAAGCACAAAAAGCUGAAAUGAGGUGUCUUUUAUCUAAAAGUUUGCUUGAUCGUGGGUUCUUCUCGAAUAAAAAAGAAACCAAUGAUAAAUGCAAAGAGAUUGAAGUGCCUAAUUAUAGUUGGAGUGGUCAACGCAAGACGCCAUCUUACUUGAACAAGCUUAUUUUUCCUGAAGAGUUCUUAAGUUGCUUGAGGACUAUAUCCAUGCGGGAGAAUGAGAUUUAUCGGGUUUCGUCUUUGCUCGAAGAGCUUGUUGGUUCUGAAGGGCAGAGGCAACCAUCGGAUACAGAAGUCCGUGCAGCAAUUUGGGAAGUGUGUGGAGAUUCCGGCGCCCUACAAUUGCUCGUUGAUCUUCUUAGCACAAGGAUGAUGGAUCUUGAAGAGGGCUCUGGAACAGAAGAUUCUGACACUGAACUGCUUCAGAAGGUCUAUUCCUACAAAACACCAGAAGAUGCCAAAAGCAAUGGCGCCGAUGAAGCAUCUAAGAAGCAAGAACUCGGUCGAAACAAAUGGUCAAGCAUAGUAUACAGACGAGGUCAAAAGCAACUCACUCGACGGUUCCUAAAAGAAGCAGAACACGCGUUACAGUUAGCCUUAAGCGAAGGCAACUAAUUAAAACACACCUUUUCAUACCGACUUUUCGCCUUAUUUCUAACUACCAUAUCGGAAACGACUCAAGUCGUGAUGACUUUACUAUUUUGACUUUCUUGAAUGAUGAUUUUUUGAGAUACUCAUUGAAUUAUUGAAACCGAAAGGGUCGCUGAUUCUAGUGUUUCGUAUUAAAUUUUUCGGGGUUCGGAUGUAUUAGGCUGGUUCGGAGUUGUACUCAGUGCAUUAAGUGUAGUACAUGUUACUAUUUUGAAAAUAUCUUACUGGAGCACCUUAUUUUAUAAA